AGCAAGUUGGCAUCAUAUUUGGUUUUACAGUAUGCUAUAUUGUUAUAUUUUGUAUUUUCAGGAAAGCAAUGAGAGCUUAUGAGGAAAGUUGGGACAGGAGACUAGGACUCAUGUGUUGUUGUGUGGAAAGAAAAGGCAGAAAUAAGAAUUCCAUGUCGGAGAUUGCCCAGUUGUUCACCGAGUUUUUCCGAGACCUGGAUGUUGUUCCCUCGGAUGUUAUAGCUGGACUGGUUCUACUUAGAAGAUGUCAAAAACUGAGGAUGGAGCAUACUAUAAGUCAGGAAGGUAAUGAUGUAUACAGGUACCUGUCAGGUGUGGCAGUCACUCCUCGUACACAGUUCCUACAGCUCGGUCAGCCCGAGGUGAUGCAGCAAUAUAAACUGGUCAUACAUUAUAUGAAGUUUGCCAUGGCAGCCUAUGGUUGGCCCAUCUUUAUGAUGAUGAAUACUGGUACAGGACUUUGCAGGAUAGUGCCAUAUUUAAGGUAAUGCUACUUUUGUAAAGGCCAAUA